AUUGUCGCUUCGGUCCCGCCCCUCCGAGAGCCGGAGCUGGUCGGUCUUGGGGCUGUGCUCUCCUCGGGACUGUUCUCCUUAUUACCAUGCCUCUGUAUGAAGGCCUGGGGAGCGGCGGGGAGAAAACGGCAGUCGUGAUAGACCUAGGAGAGGCUUUUACCAAGUGUGGAUUUGCUGGAGAAACUGGUCCAAGAUGCAUAAUUCCUAGUGUGGUAAAAAAAGCUGGCUUGCCUAAGCCUAUCAAAGUUGUUCAGUAUAAUAUCAAUACAGAAGAAUUGUAUUCCUACCUAAAGGAAUUCAUCCACAUACUGUAUUUCAGGCAUCUAUUGGUGAAUCCUAGAGACCGCCGAGUUGUGGUUAUCGAGUCGGUAUUAUGUCCUUCCCACUUCAGAGAGACCCUCACUCGUGUUCUUUUCAAGUAUUUUGAGGUUCCAUCUGUCCUGCUUGCCCCAAGUCAUCUAAUGGCUCUUCUGACACUUGGAAUAAACUCAGCCAUGGUCCUGGAUUGUGGAUAUCGGGAGAGCCUGGUGUUACCUAUAUAUGAAGGGAUCCCAGUACUGAAUUGUUGGGGAGCACUCCCUCUAGGAGGAAAAGCUCUUCACAAAGAGUUGGAAAGUCAACUCCUGGAACAAUGUACUGUUGACACAGGUGCUGCUAAAGAACAGAGCCUUCCCUCCGUGAUGGGUUCAAUUCCAGAAGGUGUCCUAGAGGACAUUAAAGUGCGCACUUGCUUUGUAAGUGAUCUGAAACGUGGAUUAAAAAUCCAAGCGGCAAAAUUUAAUAUUGAUGGGAAUACUGAGCGUCCCUCACCACCCCCAAAUGUUGACUACCCAUUAGAUGGAGAGAAGAUUUUACAUAUUCUUGGAUCAAUCAGAGAUUCAGUUGUGGAAAUUCUUUUUGAACAAGAUAAUGAAGAAAAAUCAGUUGCCACCUUAAUACUGGAUUCUCUUAUACAGUGCCCAAUAGACACCAGAAAGCAGCUUGCAGAGAAUCUGGUAGUCAUAGGUGGCACAUCGAUGUUGCCAGGAUUCCUCCACAGACUGCUUGCAGAAAUAAGGUAUCUGGUAGAAAAACCAAAAUAUAAAAAAGCGCUUGGCACCAAGACAUUCCGAAUUCAUACUCCACCUGCAAAAGCUAAUUGUGUGGCCUGGUUGGGAGGAGCUAUUUUUGGAGCACUGCAAGACAUACUUGGAAGCCGUUCAGUCUCAAAGGAAUAUUAUAAUCAGACAGGCCGUAUACCUGAUUGGUGUUCUCUUAACAACCCACCUUUGGAAAUGAUGUUUGAUGUUGGAAAAGCUCAGCCACCUCUGAUGAAGAGAGCAUUUUCCACUGAGAAAUAAGUUUGAUUAAAAUUCAGCUUUGCUUCAGAUCAAGUAUCUACUCAAUUAUAAGCAAAUUGUGAAGUAUAUAGGAUACUGUUAGAGAUGACUUUAUGGAAGUGAAAACAUUUCUGUAAUUACCUUUUGCAUUAAGAUUCUUUUGACUUUUGUUUUUCUUGUGUAAUGGUAAAAUGGUCGCUGAUGCUUAUGAAAUUCGUUGUAUUUAUAUCAAUAAAAUAUAGUAAAACAGCUUAAUUUUGGAAGUUUGUUACAUAGUUUAGUUUCAAAAAGAAUAUAACAUUUUCCCUCCAUUUUCCGCCCGCAAUUCCCAUAAUCUGACCUGAGCAUUGGAGAAUCCAUUAGUUUCAUUAUUUUCGGCAAUUAUUUCAAGUAUAAAUAAUGUUACCGUUACCAGGUAUUUAAAAUGUUAACAUGGGUCUGUUUCAUCAGAUUCUUUUGUUUUGGUAUUUAUGUGUCCAUGUUAUAAUGCUGCUUUUCCAGGAAUACGUUUGACUCUUUGGACUGAGAAUGUUUAGUAACAUAGUUAAAACAUUUGUUAAGCAAAGUGUGCAAAUGUUCACUUUCUAACUUUAUAUAGUCUCUUUAUGAACAAUUCUACAUUUCUAAGAAGAAAGAGAUUUCAUUUUUUUGCAGAGACAUUCCAUUUUAUGUAUUUUUAUGUAAGUGCUUUAUAAACGUGUAUUCAUAAUGUUUUAA